CAGCGUCCUGAUUGGUCCAGGUAUUUCCGGUGCGGCACCAGCAGGGCGCUGAUGUUUUCAUUGUUUUUAUCGCAGCGUGUCUUUCUGAGCUGGAUUCCUUAAACCAUGUCGCCUCCGGGAUUUCUGCUGGUGAUUUUGGCGACGUCUUUGUGGCUUGGUGACUCCAGGUUUAUUGCUGACCCUUUGCCUUUAAUUAGUCAGGAAUCUCUGACAUUGGACACCUGUCCAGAAUGCAGUCAGGUCAUCCAGCUGUCUGCCAACAUGAUUUCCGGCAGUGACACUAAGGUGAGUGCCUAUGAAACCUUGCAUGGUUUGUGCCAGCGCCUCCCAGAGGACCAGGCUUCAGAAUGUGAGUCACAAGUGAAGACAUACCUACCAAAAGUCCUCCAGCCAGCACCUGGUCACUUGAAACCAGAGGAGAUGUGUGUGGUCUUUGGACUUUGUGCCCCAAGCAAAAAGGAGGGACUGGAGAAACUUCCCCAUCGUGUCACCAGCGAACACAUAUCCAGCUCCGCACUCGGCACCUCCGCCAACACCCAAGAGCUGUUCAACCCAGUUUGCACCAUGUGUUUAAUGAUUAUCAAGAAGCUGGAGACGUUGCUGCCCAAAAACAUGACUGAGGAAACUUUAAAGAAGAUCAUGGGAGAGGUCUGCGAACUUAUACCUAAAAGCUAUAAGGAGCGAUGUGAUGAUUUUGUUGAAAAAUAUGGCGUACAGAUUGUUGAAUUCCUUUUAUCAUCUGCUGCACCUCACACAAUCUGCACUCUUUUGCACCUCUGUUUGUUUGAAGAGCAGCCUGUCCCAGAGGUGCUCUACCCCUCAGACUGCGAGUCGUGCCAAACCCUGGCUGCACUGAGCCGUCUGCACCUGGGACUGAACGCCACAGAGUCUCAGCUGUCAGGUUUUCUGCAGUCUGUGUGUGACCAUCACCCAAAUGCCGUCCCCAAGUGCGAUGCUUUCAUCAGAAUCUACGGAUCUCAGCUGCAGAGGAUUUUGGGAAACCAGAUGGAUGUUUCACAUCCUUGUGAAAAAACGGAUCUUUGCAAUUCCUCGAAGAUGACGGAGCCACUUGGAAAGAAUCCUUGUACUUGGGGAGCAAGCUACUGGUGCAAAGACCCGGAAACUGCUCACAAGUGUGAUAAAUGGGUCUUCUGUGAGAAAUUCAUGUGGAAGAAUUAAAAGAACCCUCCAGGUCUGAAACGACACGUGAAGAAAGUACCAACUACAAGUGUUCAACAAACUAUCAACUGGUAAAUAUUUUAUAAAUGUAAUACUUUUUGUUUUUAUUGUGGAAAUGAUUAAUUCCCCCAUGCGAUUUCAGCUAUUAAAUAAAUGUAUCAUGAAUGUUUCUUCUUGCACUGAAUUUGGUCUAAAAUGUAAUUUUCUGCAGGGAUUUGUUUUGUGAACAGUGUUAUUCUGUAUAUUCAUUUGCUAUAGUGAAUGUAAAUAAAAGGUCAGAAAACUGUCCCAGUCUAAACCAAGAAAAGAGGCAUCUUUGAAUUGUUGUAUCUGUUCAUCCUCAUGCUUCACGGUUUGCUGGAACAGGUGAUCACAUACAAAUAAAACUCUUGAGAUCAAACUAAA